AUGGGCAUGUCCAUGCAAGCAGGAAGCUCCAGUUACUUGGAGAUGCAUCCUGAACGCAAAAUCGCUCUUUUCCAGAAUCCUUACAUCCUUGGAAUCACUUUCGCCGCAGGCCUAGGUGGUCUUCUGUUCGGCUACGACACUGGCGUGGUGUCAGGUGCUCUUCUGUACAUAAAAGAGGAUUUCGAGGUGGUUAGGAAUAGUAGCUUUCUUCAGGAAGUGAUAGUUGGGAUGGCGUUGAUUGGUGCAAUAUUCGGUGCUGCGAUUGGUGGUGUGAUCAAUGAUAAUUUGGGACGUAAGAGUGCAACUAUCAUUGCAGACAUAUGCUUUGGCGCAGGGUCAGUAGUAAUGGCGACCGCACCAAAUCCUUACGUGAUCAUAGCAGGUCGAUUUCUGGUGGGUCUGGGUGUCGGUGCUGCCUCUGUCACUGCUCCUGUCUAUAUUGCAGAAGUAUCACCAUCUGAAAUAAGAGGAGGAUUAGUGAGCGCAAAUACUCUUAUGGUUACUGCUGGACAAUUUCUCUCCUAUGUCAUCAAUUUUGGCCUCACCAGAGUUCCUGGAACAUGGCGUUGGAUGCUUGGAGUUGCAAGUUUGCCAGCAGUUCUUCAGUUUGUACUCAUGGCCUUUCUCCUGGAGUCCCCCAGAUGGCUUUACAUGAAGAACAGGAAAGAGGAAGCAGUUGGUGUGCUCUCUAAGAUUUACUCAUCACCCAGGUUGGAGGACGAGAUUGCAAUUCUGGAAGAACUCCUGGAACAGGAACGCAAGAGUGAGGCGAAAGUGAAGUACAGUGAUGUUUUCAGGAAGAAAGAGAUUAGAUCUGCAUUCAUUUGUGGGGGUGGACUUCAGGCUAUUCAGCAGCUUAGUGGUAUCAGCAUCAUAAUGUACUACAGCCCCAUAAUCAUUCAGAUGGCUGGCUUCAGAUCAAACGAAUCCGCUUUGUUCCUCUCCCUCAUUGUUUCUGGCAUGAACGCAGCAGCCACAAUUCUAGGCAUCUACCUCAUUGACAUUGUUGGGCGCAAAGUGCUCGCUCUUUCUAGUUUGUCUGGUAUGACUGUGUCUUUGGUCGUUCUCUCCACAACUUGCUACCUCAUGGGACAUGGCAACGCAAGUCAAACACUUGGAUGGAUUGCUAUCUUGGGUUUGGUUUUGUAUAUUCUUUUCUAUGCCCCAGGAAUGGGUCCUAUGCCAUGGAUUGUGAACUCAGAGAUUUAUCCUCAGGAGUAUAGGGGUUUGUGUGGUGGCAUGUCGGCAACCGUCAACUGGAUUUGCAGUGUGAUAAUGUCCACCAGCUUCCUUUCCGUGGUUGAUGCCAUAGGGCUUGGUCAGAGUUUCAUGAUUCUUUUGGGAGUAUCAGCCAUUUCAAUUGUUUUUGUGAUCUUUUUGAUGCCUGAGACCAAAGGGUUGACGUUUGAAGAAGUGGCAAACGUUUGGAACGAGAGAGCCCAUGGAAAGGACAAAAACGUGCAAAGCCUUGCUGAGAAAGCAGCUUUGAGUUCCUAG